AAUGGAGAGUUUUGUGAUCUUGAAAUUGUAUGCAAUGGCCAUACGAUACCCGUCCAUAAGGUUAUUGUCUGCUUGCAAUCCCCAGUCAUUAAAGCAGCAUGUACUGGUUCAUUUAAGUCCUCUGGGAGAUACGAAAUCAAGGACUUCUCUCUCGAUACUGUCCAAAGAAUGGUAGACUACCUAUACACGGGCAAUUAUGAAACCAACGACAAGGAACCAGACGAGGAGGCUUUUGGGAUGCCGGGUGGGGAACCGUCUGGAGAGAGUGAUGUGGGUUCCGAAUUAGUCCAGCACGUCAGAAUGUUCAGUCUAGCGGACAAAUAUCUCAUCGACGGGCUUCUCACCUUAUCGAAGACUAAGUUUAAGAAAACUAUCAGAGACGAACGCAAUACUUGCACUUUUUGCAAGUAUGUGGCAGAGGUUUACGACUUACAAUUUGAGUCAAGCAAAAUACUGCGUGACAUUGUGGUCGAGUCUAUUAGAGAG